AUGUCUGUCGCAGUCAAAGGUGUGGUCCGUCUUCGUGUGCUAGCGGGCAAGGCGAGUCCGUCGCCGGCUAUUGGUCAGGCUCUGGGUCCUCUGGGUGUCAAUAUGAUGGAGUUCUGUAAGGCCUUCAACGACCGCACGUCCAAGAUGACGGAGAACAUCCCUGUGCCUGUGGUGCUCACGGCCUACUCUGACCGCACGUUCAACUUUGUCACCAAGACGCCACCGACCUCGUGGUUCCUCAAGAAGGCUGCCGGCAUCAAGUCGGGCUCCUCCACACCCGGUCAGCAGGUCGUGGGUACAGUUCACCUUCGCCAGAUCUACGAGAUCGCCAAGGUCAAGCAGCAGGACGAGAUGGUGGACUACAUCGACCUCCAGUCCAUCUGCAAGACGCUCAUCGGCUCGGCCAAGUCCAUGGGACUCGAUGUCGUGCAGUAA